AUGUGUUGCGUGUUUUGUGAUUUUACUCUGGUAACUGCAGCUUAUUGUAAGAGAGAUAAACGGAUAAAGCGCCUUUUUUGAACUAACAAGUAACAAAACGAAAAAUGUUCAAGUAAACAAUUGUACUAUAAAAGCAAAAUGAAAUUGUUACAAAAUCACAUUUUCAACUGUUGGCUGGGGUAAUUGCUCUGGAGUAAGUUUUUACAUUUUUGAUUUUAAGGGCUUCGUCUUUGUAAAGAAAGUUUACGUCGUUUUAAUAGACCUAAAAAAAAUUUAUGCCAUUUUACUUAACAUUCCUCCAAACAAUUUAAAAUGCACCCUUAAUAACCUUUACUACUAUUGCAGAAAAAUGCAACCAACCCUAAUCACCGCCCUUCUCCUACCACUCUGCCUAGCCCGGCCUCAAGCCGAAGUCCCAGUAGAAUCAUCCACUGGUCUUGCAGGAAUCGCCCAGAAGUUCGGCUCACUACCAGAAGGAGUUCAAAGCCAACUAAAGAACAUCUUCACCGAAAACCAAAAUGCCACUAAAGCUCAACUUAAGUCAUCCAUUAAAGACCUAGUGUCAAAUCUACCAGAGCAAUUCCAAACCCAAGCCAAGGCCGCUAAAGCAGCCUUCGAACAAAGAAUUCAGGAUGCCCAAACAAAGUUGUCUGGAUUAGGACAAGCAGCUCAAGAUUUGGCCAACCAAGCUAUCAGCAUUAUAAAAAAUGACAAUUUGACUCUUCAAGAAACUAAAGAGCAACUAAAAACUUUGGUCCAGAAUGCUGACCCAAGCGCUUUGGAAGAGGUUGAGUCUGCUAGUAUCUUGCCAGAAAAGAUAGUUGACAGAAUUGAAGGAAAUCAUGAUCAAUCUGAAUUGCUUCCUCAAGAAUAA